CAGACUCGUGUGGAAUGUUGUCUUUCUGUUGUGCAGAAGUGUCCAUUGAAUGUCGGAAGUUGGUUUUUACUCAGUCAAAGUUAACAAAAUGGCAGAAGACAACAGUUACGAGUCGACUUUGUGUGUGAAGCCAGAGGUACAUGUGUACCAGAUUCCGCCGCGGGCCUCUAAUCGUGGAUAUCGUGCUGCUGACUGGAAGCUGGAUGAACCGGCAUGGAGUGGGAGGAUGAAAAUUACUGCUAAAGGGAAAAUCGCUUUCAUCAAAUUAGAGGACAAAAACACAGGUGAGCUGUUUGCACAAGCAUGUGUAGAACAGUAUCCGGGAUGUGUUGUUGAAGCAGUCACAGACUCCAGCAGAUAUUUUGUGAUUCGGAUAGAAGAUGGCAACGGGCGUCAUGCUUUUAUUGGUGUGGGUUUUGCUGACCGUGGAGACUCGUUUGACUUCAAUGUAGCAUUACAAGACCAUUUUAAGUGGGUGAAGCAAGAAGGUGAGCUAGCUAAAUUGGAAGCUUCUCAGAGCUCAGCACCUCCACUGGACCUCAGCUUCAAAGAGGGACAGACCAUCAAGAUCAAUAUUGGGAAUGUCAAGAAGAAGGAGGCAGGUUGUGCCAAGUCACGGCCUGUGAGUGGAGGUUUUCUUCCACCGCCACCUGGAACGAAGGUUGGUGGUAUCAUCCCUCCCCCCAUGGGCCAACAGACUGUAAAAACAAACACUGCCCCUCUUUUAGACUUCGGAACUUCCGUCCCUGCAGCCCAACCCAGUUCUGAUGUGUGGGGAGAUUUCACAUCUGCAGGUUCCAACUCCAGUAAUGAUGCUGCCAAAUCAGGAUGGGUGCAGUUUAGCUGAGCUGUGGGAAAACAUGCACACACUCAGGUUCCACACAUUCCAUGGACAUUGUGUCAAAAGAAGCUAGAAAUGGGGAAAUAGAAAAAUUUGACUGUUUCGUUGGUUGCCCUGCUUCUGAAAAGAGUUUGCUCAGACAGUGUAGCUUCUUGACCAACACAUUCAUGGAGAACAAAAGUAGAAUGUACAUAUUUUUACAGCCUCAUUCUUCUCACAGCCUAUGCAGUAGAAGCUUUAGAUAGGAAUCAGGUAACCAGAAAACCUGUCAGUGUUGGAUUUUGUGCUCGCUUUGAGACAAGCGUGUUGAUUGUUGAAGGAAAGGUUUUCUUCUCACACUAACCAGAAAAGAGUGUCUACGUGUUUUCUUCUCAAGAACUUUCACUGACACUGUCCAAAAUCAGAUGUGAUUGUGUCCUUUUGUGUAUUUAAAACGUGCUGAUUUUCUGUUUCUGGUGUCACACCAGCACCUGCUUUUGUCAUUUGGGAAAGUAAAAUAUUUUCCCUAAUGAAGUAUCCAUGUUUUGUUUCUGUGUUUAACAGGAUAUGUUUUGUGUAAUUGCUAGUGCCUUUUCAAUCAAGAAAUCUUGUAAAAUGGAGGGACCUGUAUUGGGUGAGAAGUUUUACAUAACGCUUCUUAAAUGCUCAGAAUUUAUUUUUUAAAACAUGCUGAAGAAAUGACAUCACUUUUUCACUGUUUACUGUAAAUGUUUGUUUGCAGACCCCUUCAUUUGUCUGGCCUCAUGUUUCUCUUAAACAUGUACCUUUUAUUAAACUGAAACUUCCUUGAUUUUGUUUAUAACUCGCAAUGAGUAUUUGAUUAAGUGCCUUUAUGAAAGAAAAAUGUAUAAAAUAUAAGACUGUGCCGCCUUGGAAAUAAACGGUAUAUUGGUAAA